CAGUCAGUAAUCAAUACUGGCAGUUUCCCCCACCACCACACUUGAAACAGGGCAGGGCAAUGGCUGCCUCACAACAGUGCAUCUACAGAUGUGUGUCAUGUCAGUCUCUGAAUAACUGUGUAUGUGAACAGCAAAGUACAUUGACUGCCAAGUUUGCUUUGUGGAGCAGUUAACACUUAAUUAGCUACACCCUGUUACUGUGUAAACUUCCUUAUUCCCCUUGUCCAAGUGUGUGGUAGGGUUUUGAAAGCGGGAGAGCAGAGAAGUGGACUGUACUUGAUUAAAAAGAAAUGGACUGAGAAGAAAAGUGAGGAGUAGGUGGGAGGGAAUACAACAGUGCUCAACUUAAAGAGUUCCCACUACAUCGCCACCCUGACACAACAAAUAUGUGACAGCACAUCAUAGGUACUGCCCACAGUAGAAUUUAACAACAGUAAUGUCAUACAUCUUUAUGAAGUCAACUACCAGAAUUACGAUGUCAUGAGAUGCACCUGUGGCUGCACUGGACGACCAGCACAACGCUGCUUCUCUCGCUAUCGCAGCACACUGCAAAUGGCGAGUGUAGCAGCAGCUGUUGUGACCUAUUGUUUUGUUCUGGGUUCUUUUGCAGUGGCCAAACUUCGUGCAGCUGAUACUCGGUUUUCUCUAACUUAUCUGAAUGUAACAAUAGACGAACCAAAACUACAAGACACAAAUGCAGUUUGGGAAACAGAAAAUUACAACUAUAAUUAUGACCCAGGGUAUUUGGAAGAAAUAUAUGAGAUGAGACGUGAACGUGUAUGGGAAGUAUGUGUCGACAAAGGAUUGAACACCAGAGGACAGCCAAAUGCCUGGGAAUUUUUCAUUGACAAGGAUCACCAUCUGGUCUGGUGUAGUAUCUUCAAGGCUGCUAGUUCAACAUGGAUGUAUCAUUUCAAUAUAUUAGCUGGCUACAACGAGAGAUUUCUAAGGCGAACACGCAAAACACCAAUGAGCCUUGCACGUGCUCGCUUUCCACGACCAUCUGUUCAGCAAUUGCAGGAGACACUUCCACACGCACUUUCAUUCCUGAUUGUCAGAGAGCCAUAUGAACGCUUGCUUUCUGCUUAUCGUAACAAGAUAGAGGGGGCAAAGAAUCCUUACUACCGAAAACUUUCAAAACAUAUUGCUCAGCACUAUCGGUACAAGCAAGAUCCAAUGACAGAUGUGCCAGAAAGUGUAAGGUCAGGUCCCACAUUUCCAGAAUUUGUUGAUUACAUCAUCAACAGCAAAAAGUUUGAUGAACAUUGGGCACCUUAUCAUUCAUUCUGUACUCCAUGCCAUGUAAACUUUACAGUUAUUGCAAAAAUGGAAACACUAGAUCGAGAUGAGGAGUAUAUCAUCCAUAAGGCUGGUCUACAAAGACUGCUGUUGCCUUCCCACUACCGUUAUAAGCCAAGAACUGCAAUCAACAAGGCAAGGGAUGGGAAAGCUACAGCUGCACUAGUGGAAAAGUACUACUCACAACUGACAAAAAAACAAAUGGAGAAGUUACACAAAAUCUAUGGUACUGAUUUUGAAAUGUUUGAUUACAAUGCAACGAAGUACUUCACUUUUACGCAAUCUGAACUAUAGUUAUGUGUCUAUUGCAUUACAUCAAAUCAUGGAAUUAAUAAGAAGAGACACUUUGCUUCUUGCUUUCUAAAUUAUUAAUCAUUUACAAGAAAUUAGGUAAAUAUUACUGUUACAGAUGCUAUUCACAAUAUUUGUACACUAUACAACCCAAAUCAAAAGUAAAUAACCAUGUUAUUAAUAUUUGUGCCUGUUAUACUAUAAAAAUUAUUGAAAAGUUGAAAGUAGUCAUUAAUGUUUUCAGUGUAAUAUAUGAACAACUUCACUAUGUUGCAACAUAUUUAUGAACACUAGAAGAGCAGAGUCAGUUUGUCAAUAAGAUGACUGCACCACAUUAAUGAUUACUUCAGCGUUAAUUUGUCUUUUGUAAAAUAGUUGAGUCACAUGGAGAGCAAAUACUUGGAUUAACCAUUCCAAUCCUUUUGGACCAAAUCACAGCAGUUACGAUUGCAAUAAAAAUAAAACGAUGAUGAGAUAGAUAAAAAUAACAACACUACAUUUUUGCAUGAUAAAAGAAGUAAAAUAGUUUUCAGAACUGGUUAUUGUGAGUGUAACAUCUUCUAAGACAGCCCACCACUUAAUUAUUACAGUAUGACAAACUUUUCAGCUGAACAAUGUUCAGCAAUUUAUGUUCAUAUUACAAAACAAUUAAAACUAGUGAAGUGUGGCAACAUUAAAAUGUCCAAAAUGUAAAUGAAGAUGUCUACAGUAUGGCAUUUGAGAGAUUCAUCCAUGAUUAGAAAGGAAGAUAAUAUCGGUCCCUUACUCCUGCUGAAUUAGUUGUAUACAGUACAAACCGUUUUAAAGUUUGUUAAGUGCUUAAUGGUUUAAGCAUAUGCAGUACUUCAAUUCCUUUGAUACUGCGCCGCAUUAAUAAUUACUUCUGCUUUCAGUGAUAAUUGUUGUUUGCAAGCACUAUGCAGUCCUUGCGAGUUUGACCGACAAUUUUCAUGGGUUAUUAUAGAUAAAAUAUUCCCUACAUUUAAAAAAAAUAUAAUAAUAGUAGUGAGUAACAAAAAAAUUUGGAUUAUUUUGCUCCCUCCAGCCAUCAGUUAUUUACACUAUGCUAGCCACCUUGCAGUAUGUGGAGGAGGAGACGUUACUUCAGGUAUCAUUGUCAUUUCCCUUUCUUUCUCUUCCCUUUGCAAAUAGUGGGUGGGAAGAAAGACAGUUAAGCGUAUAAGACAGAUAAGCAUAUGAGCUUGAAUUUCUCUCGUUGCCUUUUACAUUCUUCAGACAAUAUUAUACAUUUCAGCUUAUAGUACACUAAAGAAAUGAAAAAUAUUUAUGAUAAUAUGAAUAUCAUCAUCUAAGUAACAGUGCUUGUUCCUGAAUAUUCAUUUUGUGUAGCUACAGAAAAAAGACAGGCAAAUUUAAAACACAGUUAUGGAAACAGUGCAGCUAAUUCAAGAGUUUAUCUAAUGACUUGACCCAAUAUCUUCUACUACAUGUGCAUUUUUCCUUUAUUGUUUUGCUCUGUACGCUUUCUUCAUAGCGCAGAAAGUGUAAUUGUGUAGACAGUGCAUGACAUUUUUGAUAUAACACUGAUACAAAGUAAUGGAAUUUUGCUUCCAAUUUGACAGUGUUACACUGUAGUUAUUUGAAAGGGGCUUACUAAGACAUACAUUUAACAAUAAAACCUUGUUGUCAGUGAAAACCACUCCACUAUAUUGUUUAUCUUAAACUAAUUUCUACGUUUUCAACUUCCUCCCUAAUACUACCUAAGUAUAUUGUGCCGUGGAAAAAAUACGUAUUGUACCUGAUGUUUUCCAACAGUUAAACCAUUGCAUUCAGCUAAAAUAGAGAUAAUAGCAUAUUUUUAUCUCAAACUGGUAAUUCCCACUAUAAUGCAAGAUGAUAAUGCACUUAGAUUCACUGUUUCCGAUAACCUUGGAUAGUGGUGAUGAUAGAUAUGUUAGUCUGCGGUGCACAUCAGUUCAACAUCUCAUUAAUUGAUAUGUGACAUACACAUUCUUUACAUUGGAAACUGAACAGCAAACGUGCACAAAAGAAUAAUAUAUGAUGACUGUUCCUCAAAAUGUACACACAAUGCAGCAACAUUCUGAAAACUAUAUUACUUCCAGUUAGAGAAAAAUCUUGUCCAUCUAUUGUAAAAGCAUUUGAAAGCCACAACUAUAUACAAGAACUGCAUAAAAAUGUAACACAAACUGUCACUGUUUAGCAAUGAUAUUAUCUAGUAUUCUAAAGAAAAUAAUUCAAUAAGUAUUUUAGAAAAAAACUUUGAUAUUUUGGUGUACCAAAACUUUGUUUAAAAACAUUUCUACAUUUUAUAUCUGAAUGUAAUAAAAGCUCAAA